AUGAUCGAAUUACUAAAAAAUCCAUUUAUAAUUUAUUUUAAAACAAAAAUUCAUUAGGGAAAACUUCUUUUUCAAAACUCUUAAGUAAUACUCUCAAACCUUCAAAAAAAGGUAAUUAAGCAUUUCCUAUAAAGUUUAGCCGAUCACAUCAAGAAUUUUAUUAUUCACUAUCCGUGUGAAUAAAUUUUGA